GUUUUUGAUGGUCUAAGAUGCAUAAUAAACCUGACUGUGAUAUAUGAACAACUACGCUUGUCUGACGAAAUGAUUAAUGAUUAAAUAAUUCAAUAUUCAAGUUGUUUCGUUAUCGUAACAAUCUAAUGCUCAUUCAGCAUUGUACUUCCUGCAUGAAUUAUGCAUAAGCAGAACGCAAGGUCUUCAGUUUGCGGGUAGCUGAGUUUUGAGCACCAGCUCUUACUAAGGUUCGCUCAUGAAAAGAAGCACAGACGGAGACGACGUUUUUCUGGGGCAAAAAACUGGGAUAAACGUGCACGAUAGAUCUGCAGCCAUGAAUUUCAUGCUCGGAUGUCGUCAUCAAGUCAAUGAAAGAAGGAUCGUAUUCUUUGUCUUUAUCAGUAUGGUGAAUUUAUGCCGAGCCACUCUCCUAGAUGAGACUCUGAUGCUAGCAGAUUACACAGGAAAGAGACUCGGGGAAAUAGCCGAGGUAACGACAGGAAGAACUCAUUUUCAAAAGGUGUUUUCUGAUCUCUUGCAAAACGAUUCAUUAAAGAUUUUCAAUGUAAAUGGCAUGGAACUGAUCAAAGAAUUUUCAAAGGAAUUAGAGCGACAGGUUGAGUCGAAAAACGCUGUGCUCACGAAAGUUAAAAGAAAAGCAGAAGAGUACUACCAACCAAACGAGAACUCCAACAAUAACGACUUACAGUUUUUCAAUAUGAAAGAUUACAAUGCAUCCGGACGACCGAUUUUGAAAGUGGAUCCAAAGUUCUUUUCAGUGAAGCCAGUGAACACAUCUUUGAGUGGACAUCAUAUACCAACAAAUGUUUACCCCAGAAAGCCUGCUAUUUUGAACGUGAUAAAGCAAAGGCAGAAGCUGGAUAAAAUAUAUGAAGACAACUAUAGGGAGCAAUCAAAUCUUUUAUGGCAGUACAUAGGAUCUUACAAUGGAGUUUUAAGCAUGUACCCCGGAUACGAGUGGGGCAACCCCCCUGACAGUGAUCGAUAUGAUUGCAGAAGGAGAGGAUGGUAUACAACAGGAUCAAGCUCUGCAAAAGACGCUGUUAUUUUGCUGGACAGGAGUGGUAGCAUGGCUGGCACCAACUGGAAAAUAGCAAUAGCUUCAAUUAAUAUCAUCAUAGAAUCUCUGCAAGAAAACGACUUUUUCAACGUAGUUCAAUUCAACUCAAAUGCAGCUGUUGUUCAUGAUUGCUACAAAAACCUUGUACAAGCAACCAAAGCAAAUCGAGAGGCAAUAUUAAACAAAGUUGCCAAGUUACCAGGUCCUUCAGGGUACGCUAAUGGGAAGAAAGCUCUAGAGAAAGCAUACAAACUGUUGCAGGAGGCUAGUAAAAGUGAUUUAACCAGCUCUGGGUGUCACCAAGUUGUUUUCAUUAUAUCUGAUGAAAUUGAAGAUUUUGAGGAUAUGAAGAAGGUUUUGGAAAAGCACAGUGACAUGAAGGUUAGGAUUUUUGCAUAUCAAAUCGGACGUGGAUCAAAAAAUAAAAAAGCCUUACAAUACAUUUCCUGUAAAUCAUUGGGCCAAUUCUUUAGACUUGAGACGAUUGGCAAUGCAUACGACUUUGUGCUGGACUAUGUGAGAGUUCUUGGCACUCCGAUUGCGCUGAGCGGUCAAGCAGUGGGAAAUGUACCAAUCUAUGUCCCAGUUUAUAUUGACUGGGAGACAAGGCUGCCAAUAUUUUCAGUGGUUUUACCAGUUGUGAACAAUACAAAAAAUUCAGGCUUACUCGGGGUUGCUGCACAAGAUAUCACAUUGAUCGAGCUUGAAAAUACAGUCCCUGUACACAAGCUUGGUGUCUAUGGCUACGGAUUCGCUGUCAACAACAAUGGCUUUGUGUUAUUCCAUCACCGACUCAGCUUUCUACAGCGGGUGAAUACAUUUUCACCAACAACAACUCUUGAAGCAGUCGAGUUUAACAACAACAACAAAUCCACUGUGCUGACGAAGAAAAUGAUUGAUCGCGAAACUGGGAGUUUAGAGGCAAGGGCAACGAUUCUGAUCACCCCAGAUAAAAAGGAAAGGACAUUGGAGACAAAUAUAUCGUACUUUUUCAUGCCUGUUAAGAACACCCCUUUCACAGCUGGUAUUGCUAUCCAAGAAUAUGGCCUGAAACAGAUUAAGACAAGCACACAUUUCUCAAUUAAUUUCUCCGAAGCUGUGAGAAGCCUUAACUCUACACAAGAGGGGACCAAGAUAACUAUUGCUCCAUGGCCCUACUGCAACGUUACUGCAGAGGCACAAAUGAACAUGCCAACAAUCUACAAGUUUUUUCCGAUCAAAAGUGAAAUUGUGAGCUACCUUUCUCAGUUCAACGAAACUCCAGCAAACUGUGACAAGGAGCUUACAGAUAAAUUGCUGUUGUCUGCACAAAAGGUUGAAGAAAUAGCCUCUAAAAAAUGGAAUAUCACGAGAAAUAGAAUCAAUGGCAUAAUAUCUACAUUUAUAUCCACACAUUCUGGAUACACGAGAAUACAGUUUACAAGUGGAAACCGUUCUCUGGGUAAUAUUGGCAACAAAAGUAUCCGUGAAAUAUUUUACCUCAGAGCUGCAGCGGUUUAUAAAGAAGUACAACCAAAUUAUGUAUUUUCUACAGUAAACGUGACUGAUGGAGCACCUAGUUUCUAUGUAAAGGUCGUUGCACCAAUUGUUGUUGGAAAUAAAGAUACAAUAGCUGCAGUAACUGGUUUUACAAUGUGGCAGAAGUCUGUUGCAGAUAUCAUUAUGAAUCCCGAAAUUCAGAAGCAAAAUCAGGAGCUCGAUUGCAGUAUUUAUUCGAAAUUCGGAUGUUAUUUGAUUGAUGCUGAUGGGUUUGUUGUUGCAUGGAACAGCAAAAACCAGUUGAAAAACAAUUUCUUUGGGUAUUCCGAAGGCUUGGUUAUGAGGCACUUGGUAGAUCAGGGAAUUUUCAUAAAAAGCAAGUUCAAUGAUGAACAAGCAGAGUGUACACCAGAAUUAAAAGUAAAUUCAAGUGCAAGUAGAAUCAGCAAUGUAAUUUUUGGCUGUAUCUAUUGCCUCUUUCAAUCAAUUUUGAUGAUGUUUACUUCAGUCUUUUAUGGAUUGCUAGUAGACAAUGGCAGUGUUUCUAGUGUGGCAGCAUCGUCAGCCAGGCUGGUUUACUGUAUCCAAGAAAUGACGUUUUAUAAAGUAGACGAAACUAAGCUUCCAAUUAGUGGUGAGACGAAGGACUAUAUAUGUAGAAAAAACUUUUCCAUGGCAAAAGUACCAAGUACAAAUUUAUAUUUGAUUGUAACGGAUAGAAGGAAUCCUGCUUGCAACCAGAAAGACUGGAAACUCUUACGAGAGGCCGUCAAACUGCCGGAAAAGUGUGAAAAUAAGCUAAGAUACAGAAAGCGUACAAACAGUUCUUGCUCAAGAUAUCACAAGGAUGAAAAAUUACACUGCACCAGUGAUGCCAGUAAAUCGGAUAUACAUUCACUUUUCAUAAUACUUUGGUUUUUCAUCAAUCUGGCAAGUGUAGCUACAUGAUGUAAGCAUUUUACCAUAGAUGGAAAUUUGUGUGUU